CCACCACCGCGAAAGCCAAGCUUACCCAGUGGCCGCAAUGACAAUUCGCCUACAUUAAACGAAGGCCUCAACAGCGUGCACAGCUGUUCGACAUCCACCGCAACUGUACGUUCGGUCUGGCGGAAGAAUUUAUCAUCAUCGAACAUUUUUGACUGCCUCCGCCGAGUACGCUUCUGUCAACCCCAUCGGAACGCACCUCCUGUUCUCCCAACAAGUGGUAUACGGCUCGCGCUGCCGAGAGCGACGGCAAUGUCUCUCAGUGAGGAGAAACAGCGAAGUUUGACCUACUCCAUCGAUGCCAUCCUUGGCCUUCAGAAAGACACAGAACCCGUGGAAAUUCGAAAGUCCCCCUUGUCAUCACCGAGGACUUCGAUAUCUGAAGAAGACGAGGACCCGCUGAGAGCACCGUCGAAAAAACACCGACGAAAUAGGACGACAUUUACGACCUAUCAGCUUCACGAGCUCGAGAGAGCGUUCGAGAAAUCUCACUACCCCGAUGUGUAUUCAAGGGAGGAAUUGGCGUUGAAGGUCAAUUUGCCCGAAGUCCGAGUUCAAGUAUGGUUCCAGAACCGACGGGCUAAAUGGCGUCGCCAGGAGAAAAUAGAGAGCGGUGGAAAUUGCUCGGAGAGCGGCUCCUUCGCGAGACCCCCUGCGACACAGAUCUAUCCCACGCUAGGCUCCCCGGACUGGAUCCGGCAUAGUAUCAUAGGUAACGCGCCGCCUUCGCAUGCCUUACUGGCCGCAGCCGCUGUUACGCCCCCAGGACACGUCUUUCAGCGAAGUUACUUCAAUAGUCAGCAAUUCGCAUCGAUACUCCUCAAGCCCCAGAAUCCGAAGUUGCCCUCGACUCCGUUGAAUCUCACCAAGGAAACCACGAGCGGACACGCAAGUCCCGAAAGACCGGGCAGCGCUGGAGGGAAUCGUAGAAACGAGACCAGGGUCAAGUCCGAAGAGGAAAAUGUAGAUGUGGACGGGAUCACGGAAUAGAGAAUAGGGGAGCGGCUCUUCAUCUCGACCGAAUGCGAGAAAGCUAGAGAGCUCCUUCUCCGCCCGAGGGAAUACUUUCAUCACAAUCAU